CGCAACCGGAUUCGCGUCGCGCAUCACUAGAAUCCAUCGCUUCAUUUCUCGCUGCCAAAGAGGAACCGGGGAACUCUAGCAGACCUAGCAGCAUGGUCGAGGUGGUAGCCGCCACCAUAUACGCGCCAUCGCCAGUUCUCAGCGUUGCUCUCUCGACCAACGGAGUGGAAGACUGGUGUGUACCCCCAGCUAUAAAAAAAGAUCCGCAUUCUCCUAUAUCCCCGUCUGACUUCAGCAGCGACAUAAUCCGGCUUGGACCUCCACCGGAGCCCACAGCGACCCCAGAGGUCCAAGACCCACAGUCCGAAACAGACAUACAUCCAGAAAGGAAAAUAAUUCACGUAAAAAAUGACAGAGAACUUGGAGAAAUUAGGAGAAUAUCUUCAGAAAAAUUAGAAAUGAAUUCUAAAAAUCCAUCAGAAGAAUUAAAUGUUUCUGAUAAUGAGGUUACAGGUAUUGAGGUCCAAGCGAAAAAGAACCAAAUUAAAAACAAAGCUAAGAAAGAUGAAAAAGGGGAACAGAACCAUGAAAGGGAUAAAGAAGCCAAGAAAGCGGGGCAGAAAGAUGAGAGAGGCAAAGAAGACAAGAAAGUGGAGCAAAAAAAUGAGAGAGAUAAAAUAGACAAGAAAGCGGGGGAGAAAACUGAGAAGGAAAAAGAAGACAUCAGUAAAUUAGACGAUAAAACAAAGAGGAUUAAAGGAAAGGGAGUGGGCAAGAAAACUGUGCAGAAAGAGACGAGGGGAAGAAAACCGAAAGCCGCUCCGGUCAAAGAGAAGAAAACGUUACCGAAGCGAGCGACCAACGCCGCCCCUCCACAAGGAGAUGUGGCCACCAACACAAGACUUCUAAGGAACUCCCGCGAACCGCCGCCAGCAAACCCGGACGUUUACGAGUUCGACGAACUCGAAGCCUCUCGGCCUCCCUCUGGCCUCCGUCGCCGCAACCAGGCCACUCCCGAGCCCCCCGCGCAGAGCCCUGAAAGCAUACAAUACAUGGACAUAUGCCCUACAAGCUCACAACUAGUCAAAAUUAAUACUAAAAAAGAAGAAGUUGGGAACGUACUUAGUGUUAGUUUAGUGCCUAAGGACGAUAUAUAUAAGAAGCAGAAGAAUUUAAUAGAUAAUCUGACUAAUAGUCCAGCGCUGCUGAAUAAGUUUUUUAACUGCUUGCCGACGGAACUACAGAAUGAGCUUGGGAGCUUGGCCACGGAGGGGAAUGGGCGGGAAGAAGCUUAUUUGGAAGAAAAGGCGAGGACGGUCUUAGAGGCACCCACGUAUUAUCCUACGGCUGAAGAGUUUGAGGACCCGAUAAAGUACUAUGACAAAAUCGCCCCCGAGGCCUCAAAAUACGGCCUCUGCAAAAUAGUUCCCCCGGAAAACUUCAAACCUAAAUGCACCAUGAGCGACACAAUCCGCUUCGCCGUCAUAUACCAGUACAUAUCCAAGAUGUACAGCCGCUGGGGGCCCGUGUCCAGGGAGCUGGCUGCUAUCAAGGCGCACUUGCGCACCCAGAGCGUCGUGUUCGCGCGGUCUCCCCUCUUGGACGGCAGCGAAGUGAACCUCCCCAAGCUAUACCACGCCGUCGAGCGUAACGGCGGCCUCAGCAACGUAAUACAACGCAAGCGCUGGGGCCGCGUCGCCGACGAGAUGAAGCUGACCAAGCUGCAGCACCCCGAGCGCAAGCUGGACCCCAUAUACAUGCGAUACCUGCUGCCCUACGCCACGCUGUCUGACCAGGAACGCCAAAAUAUAAUGGCGGAGGUGGAAAAAUGCUGGACAACCAAGUACCAGAAGAUGCUGGAACGGGCCCGCAAUCCCUUCCAGCGCCAGUACCGCAUGCUGGGCACCGAGUGCGAGUCCGAAUCUGACGAUGAAGGGGAAGAUGGCAACACAGCCGGCGCGCUACAUGAGGCAGAGGACUGUAUAGUGCAAGGGCGGACCAUGAACCUUGUCACAUUCAAGAAGAUCGCGACGUCCCUCAUGGACGCACACUUCGAGCCGUCGAAGCAGCCGCCGGGCGCCGUCGACGUCGAGAAGGCGUACUGGCGCGCCGUGCUGCUGGGCACCGAGCACAUCGUGGCCAACACGGCGUCCAUAGACACAGGAGAGGAGGGUUAUGGGUUCCCGAAGGACCCGCAGGCCGAGUACGGCGCGCACCCCUGGAAUCUCAAGGUGCUAGCGAAGAACCCUAACAACGUGCUCCGCUACCUCGGUCCUGUGCUGGGCGUCACCGUGCCCACCCUCCACCUCGGCAUGCUGUUCAGCACCUCGUGCUGGCACCGCGACCCCCACGGCCUGCCCUGGACCGAGUACAUGCACAGCGGCGCCGAGAAGAUAUGGUACGGCAUCCCUCGCGACGAAAGCGCGAAUUUUAGACGAGCAGUCGAAACCCUGUGCCCCGCCUACUGCCAAAACAAAUCCAUCUGGCUCGCCUCCGAGAUCACCAUGGUCCCACCCAACAUCCUCAGCGAGCACGGAGUGAAGCUGUCAAGGCUGCUGCAGAGACCCGGGGAAUAUGUCCUCGUGUUCCCGGAGGCCCAUUCAUGCUCAAUUACAACCGGAUUUGGGAUAUCAGAGAGUGUCUACUUUGCUUCGAACGCUUGGCUGACGGAUGUGUACAAACUAUUUCAGGAGCUGCGUAACAGCUGCGAACCGACCAUGUUUUCACUGGAGCAGCUCCUCCUCAACGGCAGCGCCGAUUUCUCGGCCCCCUACCAGGUGUGCUCCGUGCUGACCACGCUGCUCAACGCCGAGCUGGAGCACCGGCGCGCCCUCGAGCAGAAGGGGCUCAAGGUAACACGGUCAUGUUCCCCCUACAGUUCCUCACGGCUCCUCGGCCCCCUACCAGGUGUGCUCCGUGCUGACCACGCUGCUCAACGCCGAGCUGGAGCACCGGCGCGCCCUCGAGCAGAAGGGGCUCAAGACGGCUCCUCGGCCCCCUACCAGGUGUGCUCCGUGCUGACCACGCUGCUCAACGCCGAGCUGGAGCACCGGCGCGCCCUCGAGCAGAAGGGGCUCAAGGUGCAAGAGCGCCCCCAGUCGUCAGCGCCCCUCAACACGUCAUACUUCCGCGCGUGGAACACUAGGGAUCAAGACGAGUGCGAGUACUGCCGCUCCACCCUGUUCCUCUCCAAGGUGACCGGGCUCACGGGCCGCAAGUCGGCCGUGUGCCCCGAGCACGCGCUCCGCCUGCUUGAGACCAAAAAGCACAAGAACGUCGAACUGCACGCGCUCGAGUUCCUCUCGUCGUUCACGACGCACGCGCUCGAGGAGAUGCUCGAGCGACUCGAGUCGCGCACCGCCGGCGAGCAGAGCUAAGCGAUCAACCGGACCCCGAGUACUAGGUCAACCUUUUCAAUCCCAGAAG